UUUUUACACGAUAAAGUAGAUGUAAUUAAUUUGUAGUGGGUUGACUGACAAAUUUUUAAUCAAGAAUUGCAAGAAAAAGUGCCUAAACUUGUAUAUAUAUAUUCAUAUUUAAUAAAGUGAAUAACAAACGGCGAACUAUACUACAUGCGGCAUGAUUUAUCCGAAUGUGUGUCAGUAGAUUUCAAAUCGAGUUAAUAUUUAAUAAUAAUAUCAAAGUGUCUCGCACAUAUUACAUUAUAUUAUAUAUGCGUUUGGUAUAUCGAUUGCGAGAUGAGUGUCGAGGGAAAUGAAGGCGCAGCCGCAAGCGUGGUGCGACCCUUACGGAGAAAUUUCCGAGACAUCGCCCGUUUGUGGAUAUUUUCUUUGAGAACUAAGAGCUUUUUAACCCGCGAUGACUCUGAGGAAGAUCCUCCUGCCGAUCGGAGCGGUAGGUCCUUGUUGUCACGGAUCCGCGGCGAUGUCGGAAAUUACGUCGUCGAGGGUCUGAAUGGGCAGAGUUCGCCCGCGAUAAAUGACACCGCGAAAUCAACAGCUGAUUAUACCGCGAUGGGCAAUCAUCAAAGUGACGGGAAAAAACGUCAGAAGAAACAGAAUGUGGGGCCUGAAACUAAUGUUCCAGUUAGUUUUGAAAAAGUUCACACUCCGGGGAAGAGGCCUGCUCCUCAACCGCCUAAAAGUCGACAGGCACCGGGUAUCCCAACGAUACGCCCGGAUUACAUAAAAGUGGAUGUGGAAUCUCCAAAACGAGCGGAAGUACCGGUUGAAAAGCCACCAGCCCCACAACCACGGUACCAGCAAGGGCCUAAACUCAAAGAGGAGGAGAUCGGAACGUCCUGUUCUAGUCCGCUCCCACCUGUGGACUCACACAUCGAUUCAGUUAACGCACCACCCGCUUCUGGUUCCAUUCCCGCUGCGAACAAUCUCGAUCCUCAGCUUCUCGUAACCGAUUCGUGGCGUCGCGCAAACGCGAGUGUGCUGAAACUAUCGGACAUACCCACGCCACCGAGCCAAGCUUCUUCCAGCGACAGUGUCUUUACCGAUCCCGAAGAAAACGGGAUGGUGGCUGAUACCAGCGCUGUCUUCGGUCACACGAUUACCGCCAAAAAGUCUCGGCAAUUGCUGACCAAUAAUAGAAAAAAUUUUGGAGCUGCGGGACGGAAAAUUGAGCCUAAGUCUACGCAAAUCGUGUCACCGCCGCUCAACGGAUCUUAUCGCAGACACAGUACUAAUGAACAAUUGAAAUCACCUAGCGCGGGUGUCGCGCUCAGAAGAGUAUCAAGUUUUACAUCUGCGAAUACACUUGCUCACAAGACACCGCCGUUUCCAGUCGCCGAAAAAUUUACUGGUCAACAUCUAAUAAACUUGCUCACGGCAGAAAUUCCAGAACAUUUACGGAAACAACUUUCGGAUGGGGAUCUAAAAAAAUUUACUGCUGCGCUGUAUUCACAGUUACAGGCGAUAGGGAUUAUUAAGGCGCUUGGAGAUAAGGCGACAACUAAAACUUUUUCAGCUGAUCAAGUAUACUAUUGGGAUUCGCUAAUACCUUCAAAGAUAUGUACAGAACCCAGCAACAAUGACUCAAAACAUUCAUUGGAAUACGUCCAAGGACUUGAAGAUGAGAUUGCGAGCUUACGCACCGAGGUCACGAGGCUCAAGAAACUGGUCGAAGACCUGGAGAAACAGAACAGAGAUAAAUCAGAAAAGCCUGCUGUCACGAGAUCAAAAGCCAGCUCGCCUAUGCCAAAAGAUGACAAUAAUUUAGAAUUAAACAGAAGCUGUGUGUCAUCUGAAAGCGGAAGAUUCACUGGCAGCUCAAUAGACUUAUCGCCGAUUCCUCAUCAAUUAUCGGAUAAGUUUCAAGAUGAUUCUUCAGCACUACUGUCCGAUUUGUCGACUAUUUGUGAAGCCGACAGAAUUAGCGAUGAAACUAAGUACAAGGUACCACCUUUCAGAAAGUCUUCUGACACCAAGCCAGAAAAAGAAGUAACCGACCAAAAUCAUGAAGUUGAUGUCACGGAUAACGUCAGCAGUCGCCUAAAUAAUUUAGAUGUAGGAUUAGACAGUAUUGAUGAAUCUGAAGAGAUUAAAGUUACCAAAACUAGAAAGAAACUGGACUUUCCUCCGGCGGACAAUGAUUCUGGGAUGGAUGAAAGUUUAAUGAGCGCUAGAGAAUCUUCAAUCAAGAAGUCUGAUGGAUGUGAUGGAGAUGAUGGUGUUAAAGAGUUGAAGGUGGAAGAUAGUGACUCAAACCCUCCAGCUCCAUCAUCUUUACCUGUGGACGAAUCAGCUAAUAAAAAAGAACAAUUUGCAUGUAUAAAUCUUAUUCCUCCUCCACCUCCACCACCACCACCGUUACCAGAUGUCUUUGUUCCUGCUCCACCACCUCCACCUCCAAUGCCUGCUGUUGAUGGAGCUCUACCACCUCCGCCACCUCCAAUGCCAAAUUUAAGUGGCCCACCACCUCCACCACCGAUGCCAGGAUUAACUAAUCCACCACCACCACAUCCACCUCCGAUGCCAGGAUUAAGUGGACCACCACCUCCACCACCAAUGCCAGGAUUAGGUGGUCCACCACCUCCACCACCAAUGCCAGGAUUAGGUGGUCCACCACCUCCACCACCAAUGCCCGGUUUAGGUGGUCCACCUCCACCACCACCAAUACCAGGAUCUAGUUCAGCAGGACCUCCACCGCCACCGCCACCUCCAUCUGCAGGUGGUCCAGCAGCAUUACCUACUCCACCUGUUGGAGGGUGGAAUCCUCCAGCUCGAGCAAGCUUAAGAAAAGAAGCUUUAGCACCAGAAAUACCGAUGAAGCCUCUCUACUGGACCAGAAUAAUAAUCCCAGCCGACCAGCAACCAAUAAUUCCUGCAACGUCUCCAGAUGCUCCUCCUCAGGUUCCCCUGUGGCUAGAGAUCGAGAAACAGGAAGAGAACGUGAAUAUGAAGGAGUUCGUGGACCUCUUCUCGCGACAAGUAAUCGAACGAAAACCCACGAUAAAGAAAGAAGAGUCUAGCAAGCCCUCAAAGAUCCAGCCAGCGAAAAUCCUUGACUCAAAGCGCUCCAAGAACGUGGGUAUUCUGGAGAAGAGUCUGCGAGUGGACUUCAGCGAGGUGGAAAACGCCGUUUACAACCUGGACACCAGCAUUGUCAGCCUCGAAGCCCUCAGACAGAUUUACGAGAUAAUGCCGACGGCCAAAGAAAUGGAAGACAUAACUCUUCACGAAAAAGAGAAUCCUGGAAUUCCUCUGGAUCGUCCAGAGAUGUUUUUGAAGCAAUUGUCGACGAUAAAGAACUUCAAUGAACGCAUCGCUUGUCUGAUGUUCCAAUCUGAGUUUCACGAUGCUAUUUCUUCAGUUUCAACCAAGUUGACGAAUCUGAGAUCGACAUGCGACUAUCUCCGCAAUUCGCAGUCUUUGAAGAGAGUUAUGGGGUUAAUUCUGACUCUCGGCAAUUACAUGAACGGCGGGAACCGAAUGCGAGGGCAAGCCGACGGGUUUGGACUUGAAAUUCUCAGUAAAUUAAAAGAUGUAAAGUCAAAAGUAUCUGGAGUUACUCUUCUACACUAUCUUGUUCGCGUGAGAUUAGAACAAGAGGGCAAUUACAAUUUUGACCAGAUGUUGGCGCUGCCCGUACCCGAACCGGCUGAUAUUGAAGCUGCUUCGACGAUAAACUUUGAAGACAUCAUCAAGGAACUGGACAGGCUGGAAAAGGAACUCCAGAAGUGUGAAAAAAACUGUAAAACAGUCGCGGAAUUAUCACCAGAGGACUCAACGACUGCUUUCAAGGAAAAGAUGGAGACAUUCUUGGCCCGAGCUAGAAAUGAGCUGGCUAAUGAGAAGGAAAACCUCCAGGAAGCAAGAGCUAGGUUUAAGGCUGUUAUGCUUUUUUACCAAUAUGUUCCUAAAGGCACUAGUAUAGACACUGCUGACCCUAAAGAUUUCUUCGGGCUAUGGAUCAGCUUCUGCAAGGAUUUUAAGGACAUCUGGAAGAAGGAACAGCAGCGGUUAAAGAAGGAGCGCAUGAAGACCAUCAGAAAAAAGUUGGAGGAAAAGCGCAAGGUCGAGACUGAGAAAGUUGUUCCUGGAGGCCUAAAAGAUCGACUGCUGAAAUUUAUGGACAAGAAUAAGAGAUAGUUUCUGAGUUUUUUUUCGUCUAAACUGAUGUGAAUAAUUUAUUU